AUGUCAGAAAAGAAAACAAUGUUACUUAAAUUCUUAUUUAUAACCAUCAUUGGAGUUUCACUAGUACAUGCUUACAUAAGAAAGACCCGGGAAAGCAGUUCAGAUUACGAGUGUAGAUAUUAUCUCGAAUUGUGUGAUCCUGAUCAUUUUACCCCAUGUUGUGAAGAAAAUCACGAAUGCACCAAAAUAGAAUCGUUAUCAGAACAUUAUUGCAUAAACCAGGCUGGCUUAGAUAUGAAAUGUUAUGAAGACUAUGAUUGUUAUGACAAUUACUCAGUCUGUUCUAAAGACAGUCAAAAAUGCACUUGCGAUAAAAAUUAUAUUACACGAGACGGUUCAUGUCAGUCCAUUAUAGGCGGAAAUUGUGACACAGAUAGUGAUUGUUUACCAUUUAAUUCUGUCUGUUUAAACGAUUUUUGCGAAUGCGAGCAUAACUUUAAACCAAUAUCUGAUAGAGAAUGUAUUACAAUUUUUUUGGAGUUACCAUGUCAAGAAGAUAAAGACUGUUACGACAUAAAUCGUGCAAUGUGUUCAGAAAAUAAUACUUGUACCUGUCGAAAAAACAGUAUUUCCAAAAAUGCAUAUUUUAAUCAGACAUGUGAAAAAAAAUCAGAUUGUUAUGACACCGACCGUGCUAUGUGCUCUAAAGACAAAAGAUGUAUUUGUAGGCCAAACCAUCAAACAGUUAAUAACGCAACAUGUAUAUCAUUAAUAGGCGGAUUUUGUUGGCGACAUAGUGAUUGCUUACCGGAAAAUACCAUUUGCAUAUUUGAUAAAUGCCUGUGUGAUUUAAAUUUCAGAGCGGACGAGUCUAAUCUUCAAUGUGUACCAAAACUGAGGACCUUUUGUGAACUAGAUGAAGACUGUUACAAAAUAAGGCAUGCUAAAUGUUCAAAAGAUAAAGAAUGUGUUUGUCGAGACGAUACUAUUCCGUUAGAUGAUAUAAAAUGUGCACCACUUUUAGGAGGAUUUUGUUGGAAAAAUGAAAAAUGCGCUGUUAAUAAUUCUAUAUGUGCUAAUAACACAUGUCGAUGCCAAGUUGGUUUUUCUUUUCAAUCUAAAUUCGAAUGCUCUGAAGGAGUUUAUGAUGGCAAAACAUUAUUAGGUGAGACUUGUCAGAUUAGCAGCGAAUGCCGACCGCAAAAUUCUUUUUGUGUUGACAAAAAAUGUCAAUGUAAAAGUGGCCUCGUACCGAAAUUUAAUGACCAGUGUAUUCCAGCAACGUUGGGAAGUCCCUGUGAAAUAGAUAAAGAUUGUGCUGAAGUAACUCACGCCAUGUGUUCAAAAAAUGAGAAAAGAUGUAUAUGUAGGCCCAACAAUUCUGAAUUGAAUUCUUCAAGAUGUGCACCAAUUUUAGGUGGAUUUUGUUGGAAAAAUGAACCGUGUGCUAUUACGAAUUCUGUUUGUGUUGAUAAUGAAUGCCAGUGUAAAAAAUAUUAUAAAGCUCUAUCACAACAUCAAUGUAUCAUAUAA